AUGAAGAAUAAUGGAAAAUCUAAAGAAAUAAUAAUAGAUUCUGUAAAGGUUCCUGAUUCAUACAAACCCCCAAAAAACCCUAUUGUAUUUUGUCAUGGUCUAUCAGGGUUUGACAAACUAAUUCUGAUCCCUUCUGUAUUCCAUCUAACGAACUUAAUUUCUAAUUCAAUACUUCAUAAUAUGACAGAAAAUUUCAUGCAAGAUGACGAAGAUGAUAGCAAUUCAAAGUACCCCAAUUUGAUAGAGAUUGAAUAUUGGAUUGGUGUCAAAAAGUUUCUCCAAUCUAAGGGAUGUACUGUAAUUACUACCAAGGUACCAGGUUUUGGUAGUAUUGAAGAAAGGGCAAUUGCCUUAGAUGCUCAAUUACAGAAAGAAGUAAAGAAAAUUGAGUCAAAGGAUAAGCGACAUUCGUUGAAUCUGAUCGCACAUUCGAUGGGUGGACUAGACUGCCGAUAUCUAAUUUCUAAUAUCAAAAACAGGAACUAUGACGUAUUGAGCCUAACCACAAUUUCGACUCCACACAGGGGUUCAGAGAUGGCAGAUUAUGUAGUAGAUCUUUUUGAAAAUCUAAACGCCCUGAGAGUGAGUCAAAAGAUACUACCGAUAUGUUUUUACCAACUUACCACGACUUAUAUGAAAUACUUCAAUUUAGUAACGCCAAACAGUCCGAAAGUUUCCUAUUUUUCUUAUGGUUGCUCCUUUGUACCCAAGUGGUACAACGUCUUUUGCACACCGUGGAAAAUCGUUUAUGAGAGAUCUAAAGGUCGGCCCAAUGACGGUUUGGUAACCAUCGAUAGUAGUAAAUGGGGCGAAUACAGAGGAACUUUAAAAGAUAUGGAUCACCUGGAUGUUAUCAAUUGGAAGAAUAAGUUGCAGGAUGAUUGGAGUAAAUUUUUUCAUACUAGCACCAUUGGAGAAAAGGUUGAUAUCUUGAAUUUUUAUUUGAAAGUGACGGAUGAUUUGGCAAAAAAAGGAUUCUAA